GGCUUCGGCCUCUGCCGCUGCCGCCGCUACUUCAGCCGCCGCCGCCGCCGCCGCCGUCGGGGCUUGUUAUUUCUAAAAUGGCGCCCCUAGACUUGGACAAGUAUGUGGAGAUAGCGCGGCUUUGCAAGUACCUGCCGGAGAACGACCUGAAGCGGCUAUGUGACUACGUUUGUGACCUCCUCUUGGAAGAGUCAAAUGUUCAGCCAGUAUCAACACCAGUAACAGUGUGUGGAGACAUACACGGACAGUUUUAUGACCUUUGUGAACUAUUCAGAACUGGAGGUCAGGUUCCUGACACAAACUACAUAUUUAUGGGUGAUUUUGUAGACAGAGGUUACUAUAGUUUGGAGACCUUCACUUACCUUCUUGCACUAAAGGCUAAAUGGCCUGAUCGUAUUACACUUUUGCGAGGAAAUCAUGAGAGUAGACAGAUAACACAGGUGUAUGGAUUUUAUGAUGAGUGCCAAACCAAAUAUGGAAAUGCUAAUGCCUGGAGAUACUGUACCAAAGUUUUUGACAUGCUCACAGUAGCAGCUUUAAUAGAUGAGCAGAUUUUAUGUGUUCAUGGUGGUUUAUCUCCUGAUAUCAAAACACUGGAUCAAAUUCGAACCAUUGAACGGAAUCAGGAAAUUCCUCAUAAAGGAGCAUUUUGUGAUCUGGUUUGGUCAGAUCCUGAAGAUGUGGAUACUUGGGCUAUCAGUCCCCGAGGAGCAGGUUGGCUUUUUGGCGCAAAGGUCACAAAUGAGUUUGUUCAUAUCAACAACUUAAAACUCAUCUGCAGAGCACACCAACUAGUGCACGAAGGCUAUAAAUUUAUGUUUGAUGAGAAGCUGGUAACAGUAUGGUCUGCUCCUAAUUACUGCUAUCGUUGUGGAAAUAUUGCUUCAAUAAUGGUCUUCAAAGAUGUAAAUACAAGAGAACCAAAGUUAUUCCGGGCAGUUCCAGAUUCAGAACGUGUUAUUCCUCCCAGAACUACGACGCCGUAUUUCCUUUGAGGCCUUCGCCCAUCCUGCUGACCGGUCACAUUUUUCUGCCCUCUUCUUACCCCAACUUUCGUGUAUUACCCUCUAUAAUAUACUUUUUAUUGAGCACUUUGCUGCUGAAAUGCUGCCUCUUGCCUUUUUUUUUAUUUUAAAUUAUCUAAAUUUAUUGUUUGUUAUUGUGUCUAUAACAAUGUUUUCCUAUCAGUUUUCUCCCCCAUCCCAUCCCCACCUUGGACUCAUCUGAGAAGACUUGAGAAAUGUCUUAAUACUCAUACUGCUGCAUGUAGCUCUUGCUUAUUUACUGGUCUGGGGGAAACAAGACGUGUUUCCUUUUUAAAAAAGCCAAUUGACAGAACAGACUACACUGAAAUACUCCUCCUUUUGUAUCAUUCAGCCUUUUGUUUUAGUUUGGUAAGUUUUAAGAAAUUUCAGCAGCAAAGUUGUUAUUCAGUGGGCACGAUGGACUGAAAAUGCCUCGAGUUAUGUAUACUUGUCCCAGCUGUAAACUUCAUUGUCCUUUGUUGGAUGAUAUUUUAAAUGGAUAUAAAAUAAAUUGGUCUAAAGGGC